ACUUGCGGUUUACUGCUCCCGUGCUCUGCUCCGCUGCGCUGAUCUGCUGCGAGUUCCUUUCCCUUUCGUUUCCCCGCUCCCUCCAGUCGGCAGCUACCAACAACGAAGCGGCAGAGUCCAGCGCGAGCACCAACUCCCAGCCCCAGAUCUCCCACCCCCACCGACCGCCGAUGAGCUCUGCCGCCGCCGCAUCCACCUAGCCGGACACGCCCCGCCCCGCCCUAAUGUCGUCGUCGGCGGGCGACGCCGAGGCCGAUCCCCUCGGCGGCGCCUCCCCGGCCGGCCGCGUGCUCGGCCGCGCCCUCGACAAGGUCAUCAAGCACUCCUCCUGGCGCAAGCACUCCGCGCUCGUCUCCGCCUGCAAGUCCGCCAUCGACCUCCUCUCCGCCGCCUCCUCCUCCGCCCCCGCCCCCGCCCCCGCCCCCGAGCCGUCCGCCUCGCCCAUCCCCGGCCUCCCCGCCCCCGUCGCCGAGGCCGCGCUCCAGGCGCUCCUCCUCGCCCUCGAUCCCGGCUCCCCCAAGGUCGCCGAGCCCGCCCUCGAGUGCGUCGCCAGCCUCCUCUCCCUCCGCCUCCUCCUCGGCGACGUCGCCCCCUCCGACCCCUCGCCGGUCUCCAGGCUCUUCGCCGCGGUCCUCUCGUGCGGCGGCCUCGGCGACGACGCCCUCGAGAUCGCCGCGCUCCGCGUGCUCGUCGCCUUCGCGCGGUGCCCGUCGGUCUCCGUCCGCGGGGAGUGCCUGGGCCAGAUGGUGAAGGCGUGCUAUAACCUGUACCUCGGGAGCGCCAGCGGCGGGAACCAGCUCUGCGCCAAGCUGGCGCUCGCGCAGGUGCUGGUUGUCGUGUUCGCGCGCGUGGAGGCGGACGCCAUGGACGUCCGCGUGCGCACCGUCUCAGCUGCCGACAUGAUGGACCUCUCCGACCGCAGCCUCAACGACUCCAGCGUCGUGCAGGCGGCGCAGACGUUCAUAAAUGAGGCGAUGGAGGGGAGCGACGCGCCAGAGGAUGCCGCGCAUGUGCCGGGCGAGGGGGACAGAGGCGGGGAGGAUGAGAGCAUGAGCAGGAUCAGGGAGGAUGGGCUGGCGUUGUUCAAAAACCUCUGCAAACUGUCAAUGAAGUUCGCCACGCCUGAUAACCCGGAUGAUCCUGUACUUCUCCGGGGGAAGGUGUUGUCACUUGAGCUACUUAGGAUGGUCGUCGACAAUGCUGGGCCGUUCUGGAAGACAAAUGAGAAGUAUCUUGAAGCAAUCAAGCAGUACCUUUGUUUAUCCUUGUUGAAGAACAGUGCCAUGUCAGCAAUGAGCGUUUUCCAGCUUUUGUGCUCCAUUUUUAUGGGUCUUCUGUUAAGGUUUAGAUCUGGUUUGAAGGAGGAAAUUGGAAUAUUUUUUCCUAUGCUUGUCCUAAGGGUUCUUGAAAAUGUUCUUCAGCCUAGCUUUUUGCAAAAAAUGACAGUUCUAAACUUUCUGGUGAAGAUUUGUAAAGAACCUCAGGUUAUUAUUGAUAUCUUUGUGAACUAUGAUUGUGACGUCGAUGCACCGAACAUUUUUGAAAGGAUUGUGAACGGACUACUUAAGACGGCUUUAGGUGUCCCUGAUGGAUCAACAACGACACUAACUGUUGCACAAGACCAAACAUUUCGAAUUGAAUCUGUCAAGUGCCUUGCAGCUGUUAUCAAAUCAAUGGGUUCAUGGAUGGACCAGCAGCUGAGAAUUGGUGAAGUUCUCCCUAUAAAUUCUGAAGUACUAAGUUCAGUGGACAAUCAUAAUAUGCAUAAUGGAGAAGAAGGGACAGGAAUGGAUUAUGAUCUGCAAUCUGAGUCUAGUAGCUCUGACGUAUCUGAUUCUUCUUCAGUUGAGCAACGACGUGCUUACAAAAUAGAACUUCAGAAAGGAAUUGCCUUGUUUAACAGAAAACCUUCCAAAGGUAUUGACUUUCUCAUUCGAAGCAAGAAGUUAGGCCAGUCCCCAGAAGAUGUGGCUUCUUUCCUGAUAAACACUGCUGGCUUAAAUGCAACAAUGGUUGGAGACUAUUUGGGUGAAAGAGACGAGUUUCCUCUCAAAGUCAUGCAUGCCUAUGUGGAUGCACUAAACUUUAAAGGGUUGGAUUUCGGUGAGGCAAUUAGAUUCUUUCUGCGAGGUUUCAGGUUACCAGGGGAAGCACAGAAAAUUGACAGGAUCAUGGAAAAAUUUGCUGAACGCUUCUGUAAAUGCAACCCAAAUGUUUUUACCAGUGCAGAUACCGCUUAUAUUCUUGCUUAUUCCGUGAUCUUGCUAAACACUGAUGCUCACAGUGUCAUGGUGAAGGAUAAGAUGUCUAAGGCUGAUUUUAUGCGCAAUAACCGGGGAAUUGAUGAUGGGAAGGAUUUACCUGAAGCUUACUUAAGUACAUUGUACGACCAAAUCGUUAGCAAUGAGAUCAAAAUGAGUGCUGAUUCUUCAGCUGCACAAACCAAGCAAACCAACAGCGUAAGUAAGCUUCUAGGCUUAGACAACAUUAUGAACCUUGUCAAUUGGGGACUGACAGAAGACAAGGCACACGGCGCAAAUGACUUGCUCAUUAAGCACAUACAUGAGAAAUUUAAAGCAAAGCAUGGGAAAUCAGAGUCUGUGUUUUAUAUUGUUGCUGAUGCAACCAUUUUAAGGUUCAUGAUGGAGGCCUGUUGGGCUCCUAUGAUGGCUGCGUUCAGUGUGACUCUUGACCAAAGUGAUGACAAGGCUGCCACAUCACAGUGUUUAAUUGGAUUAAGAUCGGCAGUGCAUGUCACCUCUGUUAUGUGCCUGCAGACACAGAGAGAUGCCUUUUUGACAUCCAUAGCCAAAUUCACAUCCCUCCAUUCUGCUGCAGACAUGAAACAGAAGAAUGUCGACGCUGUUAAGGCUAUAAUUUCUAUCGCAAUCGAAGAUGGAAAUUACUUGCAGGAAGCUUGGGAGCACGUGCUAACAUGUUUAUCACGGUUUGAACAUUUACAUUUGCUUGGAGAAGGAGUACCUACUGAUGCUUCAUUUCUGACAGUGCCUAUGGUUGAGUCAGAAGGGAAAACUCAGAUGUCUACUUCUAUUCUACCUUCAAAGAGAGCCAAUGCUCUUCAGAAUCCUGCCGUGAUGGCUGCUGUUAGAGGGGGUUCUUAUGAUAGCACUGUUGCAAAAACCAGUGCCUCACCAUUGGUUACUCCUGAACAGAUCAAUAGUUUCAUAUCAAACAUAAAUUUGCUGGACCAGAUAGGCAUUGUUGAGUUGAAUCAUAUAUUUGCCCAUAGUCAAAGGUUAAACAGUGAUGCCAUUGUUGCUUUUGUGAAAGCUCUUUGCAAGGUCUCAAUGACUGAGUUGCAGUCUCCGUCAGAUCCUCGUAUCUUCUGCCUUACAAAAAUAGUAGAGAUCGCGCAUUACAAUAUCAACCGCAUACGUUUGGUGUGGUCUCGAAUUUGGAAAGUUUUAUCAGAAUUUUUUGUGUCUGUCGGAUUAUUAGAAAAUCUUUCUGUUGCAAUGUUCGUAAUGGACUCUCUAAGGCAGCUAGCAAUGAAGUUUUUGGAAAGAGAGGAACUGGCAAACUAUAACUUUCAAAAUGAGUUCCUUCAACCCUUCGUGGUGGUUAUGCAGAAGAGUAAUGUUCCAGAAGUGCGUGAGCUAAUUGUUCGAUGUGUCUCACAGAUGGUCCUAAGUCGAGUUAACAACAUAAAAUCUGGCUGGAAGGGUGUUUUUACGGUUUUUACUUCUGCUGCGGUUGAUGAUACGAAGAGUACUGUCCUAGUGGCAUUUGGGACUAUGGAAAGAAUUGUCCGUGACUACUUUCGAUACAUAACCGAGACAGAUGCCACAACAUUUACAGAUUGUGUCGAAUGCCUUAUUGCAUUUACAAGUAGCCAAUUUAAUAGUGAGGCCAGUCUCAACGCUAUUGCAUUUCUCCGAUUCUGUGCUGUUAAACUUGCCGACGAAGGAUUUGUCUGUCAAGAUAAGGGUGCCGAUGGACCCAGGAAUUCAGACAUGUCAGAAGGAAAUGCCAUUGUGAACAAGAAUGAUUAUGUUUCCUUCUGGGUUCCUCUCCUUGAAGGUUUAGCCAGAUUGACAACUGAUCCAAGGCUGACCAUUGGGAAAAGUGCUGUAGGAGUGCUUUUUGAUAUUUUGAAGGAUCAUGGGCACCUCUUUUCGCAGUCCUUUUGGACCAGUAUAUUAGAGUCUGUUGUUUAUCCUCUGUUUAGCAAUCAAAGGUCUAGGGUUAAUGAUCAGACCUUAACAUCAAACGGCACCGAGGGUGAUUUUUCAACUCUUGAAACACAAACAUUGGCAGUGAAAUCUUUAGUGGGUUUAUUUGUUGAUUUCUUUGACGUGAUGCGGCCAGAACUUGCAAGAGUUGCAUCCAUUGUCGCAUAUUUUAUCAGAAGUCCCUAUAAACAUUCUGCUACCAUCGGUGUAUCUGCUUUGCUACGUUUAGUGGAGGGAGUUGGCAGUAAACUUUCCAAGGAUGAAUGGAAGGAUGUUCUUCUCUGCUUCAAAGAAUCAUCAGCACAAACCUUUAUUGCAUUCUCUAAAAUUGUAAGGAUGAUGCAAGACAUCGACAUUCCAGAUAGAAUGGAAUCUUAUUCGGAAGCUGAUCACUAUUCAGAUCAUGAAAUUUAUAGUAACGAUGAAGAUGAAGCUAAUAUGGAGACAACUUCUUACGCCAUUGUCAAACUGAAAAAUCAUAUGGCCCUAAUCCUCUUAAUCGUUCAGGGCAUUAUUAAAUUGUACGAGGAGCAGGGAAAAUAUCUUCAUGCUGAGCACAUUAGCAUUCUUUUGGAGAUGAUAUCAAGUAUUGCAACUCAUGCAAGUGAAGUGAGCUCAGACUCUUCGUUACAGAUGAAAUUCCAUAAAUCAUGUUCCCUUCUGGAGGCAUCUGAGCCAGCAGUUGUCCAUUUCGAGAACGAGACAUACCAAAGCUACCUCAAGCUUCUCCAAGCUGUGCUCCAUGGGUAUCCAUUCUUAUCGGAAGACAUGGACAUAGAAUCACGACUACUUGAUACCUGUGAGAAAAUACUGCGGACAUAUCUGAAGUGCGCCGGGAAUGGACCAUCUGAUGAAGCUUCUCAUGGCAAUCAAACUUUACAUUGCAUAGUGCCACUGGGCGCUGCCAAGCAAGAGGAGCUGUCUGCUAGGACCCCCUUGGUUCUUCUAGCGAUGCAGUUACUGCAUAACCUAGAGAAGAAUUCAUUUAGGAGAGUACUGCCCCGCUUUUUCCCACUGUUGAUUGAUCUGAUUCGCUGCGAGCAUAGCUCUGGAGAUGUUCAACACGCGCUGUACAAAAUCUUCAAAUCAUCAAUAGGCCCUAUGAUAGAAGUAUAAUGGCACAUUCCCGUCCUGCUAGGCGCACAAUUUUGUGACAACAUUCUGACAUCCUGAAUGAGCCCUUCCUUCAGGAUCCUGGAGUUCAAGUGCAUAUUACUAGUCCAGAUAUCAGGUAUAAAGAGGAAAAUACAUUUUGCCUACAUCCACUUCAGCCAGUGAGCUCUAUCAUCUGAACAUUUGGCCAGACAGAGGAUCAUUCCUGAUGACUUGUCACUCUUUUGAGCCUGGUAUGCGCUGAGGUAAUUUCUCAUGACCCUGUAAUGCAGAAGGGUUUCGUGUGCGCCCAUUCCAUCGAUAGCGUCACCUUGAACUGGGGGCAAACUGUAUAUAGUAACACGUGCCACGGCAUCAGCCGUGUUACUAGAGAAACCAUUUGAAGUAUGAUUGCUUUUGUAAUAUCCUGUUUUUCUUAUGAUUUGAUCCACAGUAGGUUGUGUUUGUAAUUCUUUUUGUUAAUAUAUAAACAUAGUGCAGUGUUCAUGUAAACGGAUGAGAUGUUACAGUGGUUAGCUGUUGUUUAGGCAGA